CAGGCCUUAAACCGGGGUAUAGCUGCCGUCAAAGAAGAUGCCAUCGAGAUGCUUGCCAGCUACGGCCUGGCAUACUCCCUGAUGAAGUUUUUCACCGGUCCCAUGAGUGACUUCAAGAAUGUGGGACUGGUGUUUGUGAACAGUAAAAGGGACCGAAUGAAAGCCGUACUGUGUAUGGUUGUAGCCGGUAUUGUGGCAGCAGUCUUUCAUACACUCAUAGCAUAUAGUGACCUGGGAUACUAUAUUAUCAACAAGCUUCAUCAUGUAGAUGAGUCCGUGGGAAGUAAAACACGGAAAGCUUUUCUUUAUUUGGCAGCUUUCCCUUUUAUGGAUGCUAUGGCCUGGACACAUGCUGGCAUUUUACUGAAACACAAGUACAGCUUUCUGGUUGGAUGUGCCUCUAUCUCUGAUGUCAUAGCACAGGUUGUGUUUGUUGCCAUUUUGCUCCACAGUCAUUUGGAAUGCCGGGAGCCUCUUCUAAUUCCAAUACUCUCCUUAUACAUAGGAGCACUUGUGCGCUGCACAACAUUAUGUUUAGGAUAUUACAAGAACAUACAUGACAAGAUACCUGAGAGAAGUGGUCCAGAACUAGGGGGAGAAGCCACAAUAAGAAAGAUGCUGAGUUUUUGGUGGCCGUUAGCUUUAAUAUUAGCCACUCAGCGAAUCAGCAGACCCAUUGUUAACCUCUUUGUUUCGCGUGACCUUGGUGGAAGUGCUGCAGCCACAGAGGCAGUGGCCAUUCUUACAGCUACCUACCCUGUUGGACACAUGCCAUAUGGUUGGCUAACCGAGAUCCGAGCUGUUUAUCCUGCAUUUGACAAGAAUAAUCCUAGCAAUAAAAUGGGAAACAGUUGCAGCGCGGUGACAAAAAACCACAUUAAGAACUUCACCUUCUUCUGUAUGGCUCUUUCCUUAACGCUCUGCUUUGUGAUGUUCUGGACUCCGAACGUAUCAGAGAAGAUCCUAGUUGACAUCAUUGGAGUAGAUUUUGCCUUUGCAGAGCUGUGUGUUGUCCCUUUGAGGAUAUUUUCCUUCUUCCCUGUACCAGUUACUGUGCGGGCCCACUUAACUGGCUGGCUAAUGACACUGAAGAAGACGUUUGUCCUGGCACCCAGCUCUAUUUUAAGAAUUAUCGUUCUAAUCUCUAGUCUUAUUAUCUUGCCUUACAUGGGGGUUCAUGGAGCCACAUUAGGUGUAGGAUCCCUCCUCGCUGGCUUUGUAGGAGAGUCCACCAUGGUUGCUAUUGCGUCUAUUUACGUAUAUCGAAAACAGAAAAAGAAGAGCGAUACAGAGACUGCAGUGGAAGGAGAAGAUUCGGCAAUGACUGAUAUGCCACAGUGUGAGGAAUUAACAGACAUUGUUGAGAUGAGGGAGGAAGAAGAAUGA